AUGUUUGUUUAUUUUUCUCUUCAGACUGAACCUUAUAUUUCUUUUUCUACUCAGUUGAUUCAGAAGAACUGCUUAGUGAAGAACCUGAAGAGGUUUCAGAAGCAGUUAGAAGCAGGAAAGCUUGAGGCAACAAAAUGUGCCUUUAUUCCAAAGACCUUCAAAAUGCCUUCAGAGCACUAUUUGUUUGUGGAAGAAUUUUGCAAGAAUCCUGGCAUCACUUGAAUUCUGAAACCAGUAAGUAUGUCACCAGGUGAAGGAAUUUUCCCGUUCUGAAAACUGAAGGAUAUCGUUGAUUGAAGAAGGUUGAAAUACAUCCCACUGAAGGCCUGGUUGUACAGAGGCGGAUUUGCUCGCUUUUCUAAUACACAAUUUACUCUGAAUAGCAGAGAUGAUCACUGUAUCCUACCUGUCUGUGUGUGCCGUAAAGAAGGGAUUCGGCUGUCCUGUCGCUGUUGCUGUCACCUUGUUUCUCUCCUGUCUUUUUUCAUUGGAAAACUGGAGUCACCAGAUCACUGGAAAUGUCAGUUUGACAAAUCAGCUAGGACCGAAGCUGAAACGUCAGUUCUGGUUUUGUUAGUGGCUGAACGUUGGCAGCCUUUCUUCUUCCUCGGCUUCACAGAACAUGUUCGUCUCACAAAUGUGGCAGUGCAAAAGACCACAUGUGAUUAUGAUCCCGGGAAGGGCUGCAAGGGGGUGAUUCAGCAGCUCGGACAGCACUCGACCGCCCAGCGCGGGGCAGGGUCGGUGGAAGUUCUCUUUGUGGAUACGGAGAAUGCUUUCAUCCACAGCCUCCAGAGUGUUCAGAAGGCGAUUAUCAGUGACAAACAGUGUUUUGAGCUCUAUGGGUACGACAUCCUGAUCCAUGGGGACCUGAAACCAUAAGGCUGCCUUCUGGAGGUGACAGCUUCACCUGCCCUCACUGCCAGUAGGCAGGAAGACUGUGAACCCAAGUGUCAUCUACUUGAAGACACACUUCAUAUUGUGGACAGGGAGGGCAGGCUGACGGGGAAGGAGAAGCGUGUUGGAGGCUUUGACCUGAUACGGAAUGACGGGCCUGUCAGCGGGGGGGAAGACUGGCAAGAGGAGAGCACACACCUUUCACUCGGGAGUAAGAGAACAAGAGUGGGCUUGUGGGCUUUUACGGGAUUAAGAGACCAAAAGCAGCAAACGCUUUCCAAAAGUGGAUGCUGCUACCAUGACAGGAAGAAACAACUGAAGCAGCUUUUCAGGAAUCUUCCUGCACAGCAGAAGGUGUAAUGUGAUGCCAAGCUUGGGAUGGGCGAGAUCACCAUGGGUGAAGUUCACUCUCUUUUCCUCGUAUCGGGCAGCAGCAGUUCCCACUUCUCUCUGCACACUGCUGGCUCAGCACAAGACGCUGGCCUUCUUGCUUCUGAAGCUUUCCCAGCUUGGAAGCUGCAAUAAGCUCAAACGAAGUAUCUCAUAAUGGCUGACACAAGACACAAGGGAUGCUGGCUUCUCGGCUGCCCAUCUGCACUCGCAUGGCUUAGUUCUGUACCGUGUAAGAAAAUAAAGGGGCUAAACACAUUCUGCGCAGCAAAACAAAGCUUUUAGGGAAGGCAGGCACCUGAUCCUCCUACUGCUACUACUAUGGAAACAUGUCAGAGCAGAAAACCUGUUGCCAUGAUACUGUAAAAAUAACCUCGCCGUCACGUUACGGAGGUGCUGACUGGCCGUACUACACAGGUUAUGUAAGAGUGCGGCUCUAACGCAGGGACUUGGCGCUCUGUACCGCCGCUCGCCUCCAGAAGAGAUGCAAUUUUCUGAAAAAAGCUACAGGCAAGAUAGUUCAGGUAAUAAGUCCAUGUUAUUUUCAAUCUGUGCAUCUGAAACUUAAGCCUGAGGUGGACAGCCUCGCUUCUUGCAGUUGUACAUGUGGGGUACGUGGCAUUAGCUACAGAAUUUUAUAACUUAAGCAAUGGUAGUUGGCUUUUUAGAUUUAAAGAAAUUGCAUCUCAGUUUUAAAGAGUCCGAAACAGG